AUGCCGUCGGAUAAUGAGAUACAUUCUGCUGGCGAGGUCACCCACGAAUUUACCACCCACGGCCCCGGCAAAGAUGUCGACAUCGCCGUCAAAUUCCUCAUCGACCUGGAUCCUGCAGUCCGGGCGCGACCGAUUGCUCCCGAUGAAGCUCGUCGUGUACUUUGGAAGAUUGACCUCAUUUUGAUACCUUUAAUCACCGUGACCGUGAUACUCGCGGCGGUGGACAAGGUGAUCAUCUCGAACGCGGCCAUCUACGGCAUGUCAGCCGACACAAAUCUUGUUGGGGAUCAGUAUUCCUGGGUGGGCUCCAUCUUCUACUUUGGCUAUCUUGCAGCCGAAUGGCCGGCUGCAUUCUUGAUUCAACGUUUGCCUGUUGCCAAAUUUUACGCAGCGUGUAUCCUUGGGUGGGCCGUCAUCUUGCUAUGCACUGCAGCGACCCAGAACUUUGCCGGCCUUGCAGUCACUAGAUUCAUUAUGGGCAUGCUGGAAGCCGUGGUGUUCCCAAUAUCCAGCAUUGUGACCGUCAUGUGGUGGAAGACUCAAGAACAACCCAUUCGGGUGGCAUUCUGGUUCAACCAGCUGUCCUCGGUCUUCGCAGGAAUCGUUAGCUAUGGCAUCGGGCAUGCUCACGCCUCCUUGCGCCCGUGGCGCCUCCUCUUUCUUGUCCUAGGGGGCUUCUCGGUCCUGUGGGCCAUUGUUAUCUUCGUCUUCUUGCCUGACUCGCCAAUCAAAUGCUGGUAUCUGUCCGACCGUGAAAAGCUCAUCUGCCUAGAGCGAGUUAAAGAUAACAACACCGGCAUGGAGGAUAAGAGAUUCAAGUGGCACCAGGUUAAGGAAUGCCUUACUGAUCCCAAGACGUGGCUUCUCGCCAUCUUCUCCUGUGCGCAGAAUAUUCCGAACGGCGGGCUUGUCACCUUUUCUGCCAUCAUCGUCUCAGGCUUAGGCUAUUCUACCUUGAUCACCACAAUACUGGGAAUACCGACAGGGGUUCUAGCAACCAUUUGGCAGCUAAUGCUCUCCUUUAUCGCAUCGCACAUGAGGAACUCACGAUGUGUGAUUAUCGCCCUGUCCAAUGUAGUUCCCAUGGUCUGCGCCAUUCUGAUGUGGAAAUUACCCCAGUCGAAUCAGCACGGUCUUCUCGCAGCGUACUACGUCUUUUACACGUACUGGGCUCCGUACGUGUUGUCAACAUCACUCCCGAUGGCCAACACAAGCGGUCACACGAAGAAAUUAACAAUGAACGCAAUUUUCUUUCUGGCGUACUGCGUUGGGAAUAUCAUUGGUCCGCAGACAUUCCAGUCGUCUGAUGCACCUAGCUAUGCUCAUGGAUACUCGGGUCUGUUAGGGUGUAUCGUCGCAGCCAUGGUUUCUAUCUCUGCGUAUGGCGCUCUUUGUUAUUGGGAAAAUAAGAAGCGCGAUGCAGAGCAAGCAGCGAUCGCGACCGCAUCUGUGGUAGAGUUCCAGGCAUUCUCGGACCAGACCGAUAAAGAGAAGCGGGAUUUCCGAUACACUUAUUGA